UGACCAUAACAUAUGUAUUAGUCAGAAUAUGUUAGGAUGCUGUUCAAAUAAUACCGACCAUCACUGAACGCGUCUGUACAUUUCCCGGAAUAUGCGGCUACGGUCUCCCAAGAACUCAGUUCUUGUUUUCAUAUUAUUUCUUGUUCUCGUCGUCAAAAACACAAAAAGUAUAAACUGCUACGAAUGCACAUCUUCACAAGGAACCGAGUGUGUUUACAGUGCAACUUCAUGUCAGUACGGAUUUUUUGGAUGCGUGAAGAUUGCUGUGUUAUCAGGAGGAGUUGAUAAAAUGGGAAUGUUUGUCGAUCGAGAAAGAAGUAUUAUUUCAAUGAUACGAGGUUGUGCAAUUCUUCCAUUUGGUGGCGUAGAUAUGUGUGAGCAAACGUCGCUGUUCGGCACCCGGGUUCUAAAAUGCACAUGCUUCAAUGACUACUGUAAUCCUGCUUCGAAUCCUGUGGUUGCGUCAACUUUCCUCAUAUUCAUCGUGCUUCAUACUUUAUUAUUUCUAUUCGGUUGACUGAGAAUCGAACAACGUGCAAUUAACAUUUUUUAUUAACACAUGCUCUCUUGUCAUUUAUUUGUAAUGCGACUUUUAGUGGCAACUUAAAAUGAGUUCGCUAAACUUGGAGGAGAAAAUAUUAUUAUUAUUAUUAUUAUUAUUUGUAUUAAUAUUAUUAUUGGUAUUAAUAUCAUUGUCAUGACUCUUUGGAAGGGUGAAGGAGAUGGUAAUAAUUAAAGUGAGAAAAUGU